CCACCACCACCACCGCCAGAGGGGAUUCGCGGCGAUGGAUGGACAGGAGCAUCUACGUGAUGUACAUUCAGGAGGCGGCUGCUACUGGAUGAGUCUCCCACCAUCUACCCCGAAUGACUGAGGAGCUCCCUAUUCCAAGAGGUGCCACCAGCAGCUGUGGCGUCACCGGGCCUACGGGUGGCCGCCUGCUGUUCAAGCUUCCGGGGUGGACGUCAGGAGUCCCUCUGCGAGUCGUCGCUGCGUCGUCGGCUGAGAGCCGGCAAUGGGCAGUCCCGGCGACCUUCGAGGCGGCGGAUGCUGAUGUGCCUGCUGAUCAGCUCAAGCCUCUCACCCACUACCUCUGCCUCUACCCGGAUUUGGGGGUCAUGCUGGCUCACUGUGGCGACGAGGGGCAGCAGACAGCGGCCGCUUCGUUCUUCAAGAUCAUGGGCAGGCUCAAGAAGAGGGCGCUCAAGGGGCGGAAAGUGUCCCGCUCGGCCGACAAGCGUGUCUACUUCGAGGUGCCGGCAAACGAGAACUGCCUCUAUGUCUUCUUCCACGACGAUGCUGCGGCAUCCGGUCUCCCGGAGAGCGCGGCGAAGUGGUCGCUCAUCGACGCAGUCAGGGAUCGUCUCAGGCCGCUGCCAACCGAUGAGGAGUACAAGGCUCAGCUUGAUCGGUGGCGGAAGAUGGCACAGGAUCAGGCUGCCCCCAAACACACCGCUGCUGCUGCUGCUGCUGCCGGUGGUGUGGCGUCCACCGAGCGUGAGAGGGAUGACGUGGAGACCUCCCCCAACGGCGCCGGGUCCAACCCCAGCCCCUCGUCGCCGCAGGCCAAGGAGGCCCCCCAACAACCAUCCACCACCAAUCAAGACACCGCUGGCAACAACGACGGCACGCAGCGCGGCGGCCAUGAAGCGAAGGCUCCUGCGGCAUCAAACGGAGAGGCACAGCAGUCAAGGGAGCAGCCAAAGCAGCAGGAGACCGUCGAGGUCCAGCCACGGGAACCACCAGCACAGGACGAGGGAGAUGCCAAGCCGUCACCUUCCCGCCCCGCCGACGCGCCCGCUGUCGACGAGGCCAAAGCCAAGGAGCCGCCACGGCCGCCCAUCGUUGCUGCAGCCAAGAGCAAGCUGCGGCCGCCAAAGUCGCCGGCACAGAAGGGCACAGAUGCCAGCAUCGAGGGGAGAGCCGCAGAGAGGGAGAAACAAGCUGAGGGAGCGGUCGGCAAAUCUGGUCAGGUCGCUGCUGCUGCUGCUGCUACUGCUGCAGGAGGCCAAGUCGACGAAGCAGGACCGGCUCACCGUGACAGUGACGUCCCAAUGGAGCCUCCGUGUGCCCCACCACCUGUGGUCAUCCCGACCCCCGUUGCCCCGCCUGCAGCACCACCACCACCCCGUGAGGACGCGGUCACGGCGCCACCACAACCGCCCGCCCCCCGCUGUCCACCACAGACAGAGGUGAGACAGACGGAGCACCAUAUGGGCGGCGUCCUGAUUCAUGCAUGCGCCUCUCAUCUGUUGUUUGUGUGUUGAUGCUGUGCUGCAGCCACCACCAUCACCAUCACCAUCGCCGCCACGGCCCGCCCCUUGCCCUCCACCGCUGCAGAGAGAGGAGCCACCGAAGGAGCCACCAAGGCAGCCCAAUGGAGCCCAGCCACCUGCUCCUCCCGAUGAGGCGACGGUGCCUCCGGCACCACCCCCGCUGAUCUUGCCGCCCAUUGGAGUCGGGCAGGCGGAGGCGGAGAGGGCCAUGGUUGUUCCUCCCGUCCGAGAGGUCGAUGCUGCAGCACAUCUUGCCGCUAUCAACGGAAGGCGUCGCCCCAAGAAAACGCCGGCAUCGUCGCUGGUGCCGCCACGACCAGACCAAGGAGGGGAGGACGUGAAGCCGCCUGGCGGGGGCGGCAGUGCUGGUGUGUGGCUGCUGGGGUGUGUGGGAGAGCUCGUCGAUCGGGCGGCGGAUGCCGGGGCGAGACGAGUAGACAUCAGCCAUGACUACUGGUGGGAGGGACGAAGGAAGGAAUGCACGAAGCGAAGCGAGAGACCAUUCAUUUGAUGCAUGUGCUGCUUGUGUGUGUGUGUGGGUGGGUGUGGGUGUCUCACCAGGCGGCAGUGCAUCGUUGUUCGGGAUGACGGUGCCGGCAUGAGUAGCGACGGGCUGAGGGAGAAGCUCAGGAAGACGCCCGUGAGACCUGGCCAAAAUGUUCCGCUAAACCAAAGCCCACUCGAGCGGUAUGCUGUGCCGACACAUGACAUUCAUUAGACAACACCCACCCCACUGGCACACGCGUCAUGACGCCCGUUGUGUCUGUCGUCACUGAUUGAUGCAGCUUCCCUGGCGCCUUCCAGCGCGCCAUUCGAUGCCUGAGUGACUCUGCCCUCGUGCUGUCCGUCGCCAAGCACCCAGACACGUCCAAGCAGGAGGCCGCCAUCGGCUAUCUCUACAAGCGCACAGACGACAGCAAGGGGCGGGAUGUUUAUGUGCUGCAGCACGGGUCGGCGACCGUGAAGAUCAAUCGACAUGAGGGGGGCGGGGGGGAGGGGAGUCGGUUGGAUGGGGUGCGUGUGAAGGUUGGGGCCAUGGAUGAGGUCAUGUUGGAGGCCAUCAAGGAGAGGACGGGUCUCACCAAGGGCGAUAUAGGUGAGUGAGGCAACCACGCACACACCGUACUGACACCGUACCCCCGUGUGUGUGUGUGUGUGUGUGUGCAGAUAAGGAGGUGUGUCGGCUUGUUUCGCUCACCGUCGACAAGAGGCUCGUGGUCGACCAACGCGUCGAGGCCAUGUGCGAGGCGAACGGCACAUCCGUCAUGCUCUACCGCCUCACAAAGCCACACAAAUCGUCACAUCUACGCAUCGGAAUGCGUAAGCAGACCACUCUCAACCCGUCACUCACCUGUCCACACACUUCUCCCUCCGCCUCUCACAUUGACAUUCAGGCGCCUUCUCUCCCGAGAAUGAGGCGGUCCUCCGCACCGACACUUCGUAUCACCUACCCUCUUUCUACCCAUCCCCAACUCAGCAGCAGCAGCAGCAGCAGCAGGAGGACCUCUCGAUGUCCCUGCCGGCCGUCUGCGGCACAUCCUUUUCCCUCCAGGCCUACCUGGAGCACCUCUACAUCAUUCAGCCCAAGAAGGGCGCGAGGCCGCCCACCAUCGUCUACAAUGGGCGCAAGAUCGAGCACUCGGCGCCGAUCGGUGCGACGACUGGCGCGUAUGCGAGGGUGGAUUUGAAGACCAUCAAGAGCAGGAUGGUCCUCAACUAUCGCGAGGAGGUGGCCAGCCAUGGCAUGGGCGGCCUGUGGAUUUACUGGCAGCCAGACAAGCUCCCCUACUGCAGGUAGGGUAGUGCAGAGAAAGAGAGAGCCAACAUCGCAACACUAGGUCAUGGGGCUCCUCUCUCUUCUUCCUUGUUUGUCCUCAUCCAUCCAGGCUGAUCAGUUGUUGGCGCAGUCCAUUGGUUGGCGAGCCGCCCCUGUCCCACCCAGUCAGCGACCUCAAAGGCAUGGUGGCCUUCCUGAAGCUGCAGUCCUCCCACGAGCCACACUGCGUCCUCCUGCCGUCCAAGCAAGACUACUCCCUGUCGCCGCAGCUGCAGGAGGACAUUCAGGCGAAGGUGCUCGACUGGGUCGACAGCCACCUCAAGCCCUUCCUCCGAGGCGAGAGACAGUUGCCCCCACCACCCAAGAGGUCACAUAUGGCGGCGGCCAAGCGUGGCCAGCGGGCGCUGCCACUGAUGGAGGGGAGGAGUCCUUCGCCUGAGGCGUCAGAGGGCGAGGAUGAGGGCAAGGAGGGCGAGAUGGUCAAGCAGACUUCUGAGGCACCGGCGGCAGCAGCUGCAGCGGCCGUUUCCAAUGCUGGCGUGCCCAAGAGGAAGCCACGGGCGGCGGCCAAGCAGGGCCCCACCAAGGCCCAAGACCUCGCCCAGCGGAAGGCGGCUACGGUGGCAGCGGCCGGCACCGUCAGCCAAGGCGACAAGAGGGAUGGUGCGGUUGUCCCUGCGGCCAAGAGUCGUGUGCGGCCUCAGCCCUUCGCAGCGGUCAUGCAGAUGAGCAAAGACAUGCAAGACAACAAGGGACGCAGCGAGACAGAGAGCGCAGCAGCAGCAGCAGCAGCAGCGGCGGCCGGCCACAUGGCUGAAUCCGACGCAGCUGAGGAGGCUGCUGGAUACCAGGUGUGCAUCGUCAAGCGCCCACGAGAGGACAAAGAGGAGGGCCAGGGGGAGGGGGAGGGGGCGCCUGCAGCCGAUGACACAUCGCCAGCUCCUGAGCCUGUCAAGAAGUCGAAGCGUCGUCGGCUCAUCCGGCCACCUCGGACACCCGACAGCUCCCCACUGGCACCAUCAGUACAGCCGACCCCUCCUGCACCACACGAGGGCCAGCGCACGCCCGGUCAAGCCGUCACUUCACCACCAGCACCGGCAGCGCCACCAGAGGAGUCUGCGAAGGAAGCAGCAAGUGUCACCGGCGAAGACAAUCGGCCACAACCUCCGUCGGCACUCGGCCCUCCGCCCGUUGGCCGUGCCGACGAGGAGCGUCAUUUGCGGCCUCCGCAAGUGACCGUUCCUGUGGGCGAUGUGACGAAUGGCGUCUCGCCGCCCGAGAUCGGUUCCUUUGUGGAGAGCCCCAUGGGCGUCAAGGACCCCGCGCAUCACGGCGAGGAGGACAAUAUCACACUGGCCGUGGCCGAGGCUGACAAGCACAAUGGCGGGCCGCCACACGCAGCGGACGCUGAACAUGCGGGCUCUAGUAGUGGUGGCGGUGGCGCAGAGCCGAUGGAGGCUGACAUCCCGCAGGCUGCGUCAGAAGGGCCUCUCGGUGCAGCUGGCGAGGACAGCAGGCGGAGGGGCGGCCCUCGAGGGCGGCGGAGGGGGCGAGGCAGGAGGGAUAGCAUGCCACCCCAAUCUCACCGUGACGACGGCACCGGUGCGAUGCAAGUGGAGCAGCCACAACAAGCGUCAUGUGACGCAGCUCACGACGAGCAGGAGAAGGCGGCGGACGAGGCAAUGGCAGACAGACCACUGGGUGAUGGUGAGCCAGCCCAACCUGCCCAGUGCAGACAGGCGGCAAUGGAGACAGGCGAGACGGCCGGAGAGCAACAAGCCGACAGCAACUUGCCAGAUAAUAAUGGCCCUUUGUCGGUAGACGUGUCUGCCGCCGUGCCCAGAGCAGAGGCCGAGUUGGCCGUGCCUCUUUUCCCCGAGGCACAGGACGAGCCCAAGAGGGGACGGGGUUCACGGGGAAGAGGCAGACCCAGAGGACGGCCCAGGAAACGCGCAGGAGGGAGAGGCAGGGGACGGCGACACUCGGAUGCCUCGGCAGACCAGACAGAGCUCAUCGAGGGCGACGCACCGACACCCCCGUCUGCGGCCCCCAUGGCCGCUCUGACCAAGCCCUUGCCGGCUGAUGCGCGUGUCAACGAGGAGUCUGAGGAUGGAGUGUCCAAGGGAUCACCCGUGGGCAGCGCUCGCGCCGCUGCGCAGCUGCGCAUGACCUCUCCCCCACGGGCCUCUGCGGUCGGCACUGCGACAAGGGACGAGCCGGACAGAGGCGGGGAAGCAGACGAGGCUGACGCAGCCAACGUGCCGCUACCUGCUCCCUCCCCGGACGCGCCGGUCGCUGAGGACGCCAUGCUUCCUGUGCCGGAUGACCGAGAGAGAGAGGAAAUCGGUGCGCCCCAGCCUGAGCCCCCCGUCGCCUCUGAGGCGCCCUCUGCCGGUGCACCGGCAGAGGUUGAGUCGCAAGUGGAUGCUUCACCCCCCGAGGCACACCCACCUCUUGCAGCCGCUGCAGCAGCUGUCUCUCAGGCCGCUCAGCCAGCUGUUCUUGACACCCCUGUCCCCCCGCCGGCGGCUCCCACGAUGACGCCUUCCAGUCCACCGCCACCGGUCCAGCCGGCCCCCAUUGCCGCUGCUGCUUCGGUGGCAGCGGAGCCACCACAACCAUGCGAUGAGCAGCAGCAGCAGCAGCAGGCAAUAGUUGACGAGAAGUGGGCGAAGCAAGUGGAUGAAGAGCAGCUUCCCCAAGCCGAAGCAACACCAGCACAAGCACAGCCGCCACCAGCUGCUGAUGAGACCCCUCCGGCGAUUGAGGCCGCUCUCACCCCCCGUCGGAGAGAGAGGAACAGGCCAAGGAGUCGCGCUCCUUCUGUGGUGCCUGAGGGUGCUGAGGUGAUCGACCUAGAGGGGGACGAUGAGGCGGCGCAACCACAGGCUCCUCCACGUGAGGCGCCACAACACCCACAAGGCACCUCUGGCCACGCGGAGAGUGCUAGUGCUGGAAUGGUUGGAGAGGCGGAGAUCGGCGAACCCUACCAGGAGGGUGCUGGUGGAAGUGAGGUGGCUGCUGCCGCUGCUGCUGCUGCUGCUGCUGGGGCAACGGCUCCGGUGGCGAGCGACAUGCGUGGGCUUUCUUCCUUGGACAUGCCGCCACCAGAUCCGAUCAUUCGCCCGCAGGAGGGUCAGAGACGCCUCAUCAACGAGAUCGCUCAGGCCAUCACCGCUGCUCCACCAUCCGUCGCCCCGAGUCAGCCUCCCAGGCAGCCAGGGCCUGUCCCACCCGCUUUCGCUGGCUCCUCUGCUGCAGCAGCAGCAGCAGCAGCUGUCCGUCAGUCCAUUCAGCCAAUCGUCCUCGACACCCCUGUGCCCCCAUCGGCUGCGCCGAUUAUGGCGCCUCCCAGUCCACCGCCACUGUUCCGGCCGGGCCCCCCCGCUCCUGCCCCCCCUGCUGCCACUGCUGCUCCUGCUCCCGCCGGUGGUCGUCAAGCGUCGGACGCCAUUGUUAUUCAGGACGACGAUGAGGAGACAGCCGGUGGUGGCGCGAAGCCGCCCCCACCUCCUCGCAGGGCUCGGAAGAGAAAGGCCACCGAGGCACCUUUGGCCGCUGCUGACCAGGAGGGACCUGGCCCUUCUCGUGCACGCCAGGGAGCUGAUGGUGGUGGUGGCGGUGAAGCCGCUGCUGCCGCUGCGGCAGGGCGACCGUCGCCCUCGUCCGGUGGGAUGAGCUGCGAGGAGCGUCGGCAGCUGUUGCGGCAGCAGUACUGCUACGAGCCGACGCCGCCCAUCCCCCAGAUACCGCCGCACCUCAACCCCGCACAGAGACGCGGCCACAUCGACAGCAUCACCUGCGGAUCACACACCGUGGUCAGUCCGGCUGCUGCUUCGGCACUCGCCGCGUCGGCUCGGUCGGCAAGGGCAGCACCAGCGGCUUACUCGCACCCUUCACCAGCAAGUGGCAGCAUCGGGCCCCCAGCACGCGCGUCGAGGGAUGGCAGCAGGGGCAGCCCGGCACCACCACCUGGAGUCGUCUCACCCCACCCCAGCCGUGUGCCAACCAGACCACCGGCUCGCGUCUCACCCGGAUCCCACUCUCAGGCCCCUCAGCAAGAGAGAGAUCCGUUCGUCCCGGCUGCCUGGGCAGCGCUGCGGGAUCGAUCCUACGGUUCAGCUCCUGGCCUGCGGUCGAGUAUGGCUGUUCCUCCCGCCCCUGGCGGCACGAGUGGUGUGGGGCCGCUGCUGCCGCCAGCAUUAUACGCUAGGACGGGGUCGGUCAUGCAGUCGAGUAGGGAGCUCAGCCUGGGGCCGGUCACCAUGUCCCAGAUGGGCAGAUACGCAACGCCCGCCGCCAGCGAAAUGCACCCCCACCACCGCCGGCACCACCAGCACCCUGCGCGGCCAGCGACACGACCUCCGUCACAAGAGAGGAGUGCGUAUCCGUAUGCAGCCCAGCAUGCCAUGCCCCAGCCGGCACCCUUGCAGCAGCAGCAACAGCAGCAGCAUGCCUACCAGCCUCACACACUCCCCCAAGCGGCGAGACCCUUGGCGGCAUACGGGCAGCAGCAGCAGCACACGGGAGGGCAGAUGCCGGCGUUUGUGAGGGCGUUUCAGGUGGCCAGCGUAAGGCCGGGCGGAGGGGGGGCUCUUGUUCCUCGCCUGUCGCGUCCCCCUGACUUGCUGCAGCCGUCAUGGACGGGGGGCUCUAGUAGACAAUAGGUAGCACUUACAGGUGAUGGAGUCAGUCAUGAUGGUUGGUGCUUUUAGAGGGAGGCAGGAGAGUCGGAUGUCAGUUAGCUAACCAGACAAGAGCGGUAUCGGUCAGUCAGUUAGUCAGUCAGUCAGUCACUUAACACUUCACAGACAAGAGAAGUGGGAGGGCUCCGUGGAUGCGAUGCGUGGAUGGGUGGUGUGUACAUACAUACGCCGUGUAGGCACGGCAGACAGAGAUGAAUGGCUGAGGGAGGGAGGGAGGAAGGGAGGAAGAGAGGGAGGGUUGGGGUCCUAUUUAUCCUGAUGCGGCCAUGCUGAUGGCUCUGGGGGCAUGUCUAGGUUGCCGCAUUUGUCGUGCCGGUCUAUCCACUGGUUAAUGGCCAUGGUGUGUGACGGCGUGACGCACUGAGGGCCAUCUGGGGGGGUGUGGACGCACACU